UACGGGAGGCCGGAGUCCAAAUAACCCGACCAAGGGACCGAGUGUAAACACGUGAAACGUAAACACGUGACGAACGUAAACAAAUCAGACAAAUUAUCCAAUAUUCAUUCAGAAUUAUUAAAAAUCGUAUUUUUCGUUAUAACGAAAUGGAUUUAUGCAAACUUGAUGAUUAUCUAAAGCAUGUCGUCGGCGUCGGUCGACGUCCCGUUGAUGAUUCCUUUUUCAACGAAACUUACAAAGCUUGUAACGUAUUUCAUAAAACGGGAAUUACUGUAGAAGACGACGAAGAUCUCUGUCAUCAAGUCAUGAAGGAAUUCCCAUGCAAUUUUCUGGAUUGUGAUGAAGUUUUUCACAACCUUGCUGAUUAUGAAAUUCAUUACAACGGUUCGCAUCGUUACUCCUGCGAGGAAUGCAGAAUCACUCGACCAAAUUCCAGGUUACUGGAAAUCCAUAUCCAGGAAACUCAUGAUAAGUUUUUUGAAAUUUCUUCCCAAAAAAGACCCAUGUAUCAAUGUUUCGUUGUCGAAUGCCACGAGAAAUUUGCCAGCCCAGAAGAACGUAGCGGUCAUUGCACCACAAUCCACAAAUUCCCAAAGAAUUUCAAUUAUGGCUCUGAGGAAUUAAAAAUUGGAGAACUAGAAACUUUGCAAAGGGAACGAAUUGGCGCAGCUCCGACUUCAGAGAAUCCAAUGGAAAUUUCAUCGGGUAACACUUCGCAGUGCAAGAGUAUGCGAAGUGAAAUUGAUAAUGGUAGUAGAAUUUUAUCAAUUGGGGAAAAUGAAGAUACAACUUUAGAACCCAACUGCCUUCGUCGAUCAGGGCAAAGUAUUCUGGAAUCUAAUAAUCUCAUGGAUUUGUUGGAUAAAUUACCAGACUAGAAAAAAAAAGCAAUUAUAAUCAAAUGCAAUUUGUAUAUUUAUGAAGAAGCAGGGUAUUGAAGUUCAAAGCCUUGUCUAGUCAUGUGAGAACCAAGGGGAAAAAAGAAUUUCUCCAAUUUUGUUCCAUUUUAGUACCUUACGUCAGCGAAAACAUGCGUCGGUGUGAAAAUUCAGUUUAAGAAAAUAGAUCACAAUAAAGGAAGGAAAGUAAAGAAUCAUUUCUUUAAAA